CAGGUUAAACCUUGCCACCUGAAAGAUUUAAACACACGGUUCCUCUGAGACAACCAGAAUUACUGAAUUCCGGAGACGGAAGAUGCUGCUGCUGUGGGAGCAGCUGUUGCUGGUGUCGUUUGUUGGCUGCCUUGCAGAUGGGGAGAGCUCCAGGACGAAGACGAGGAGCGCGGUGUCGGUGCGGGAGGGCCAGGGCGUCGUGCUGCUCUGUGGGACCCCGCCCCGGGCAGGAGACUUGUCAUUUGCCUGGAUCUUCAACGAGUACCCCUCGUUUGUGCAGGAGGACAGCCGGCGCUUCGUGUCGCAGGAGACAGGACACCUGUACAUCGCCAAGGUGGAGCCCUCAGACGUGGGCAACUACAGCUGUGUGGUGACCAGCACGGCCAGCAGCAGCCCUGUGCUGGGCUCCCCCACGCCCCUGGUGCUGCGUACAGACGGUGUGAUGGGAGAAUACGAGCCCAAAAUAGAAGUUCAGUUCCCUGAGACGCUCGCAGCAGCCAAAGGCUCCACUGUGAAGCUGGAGUGCUUUGCUCUAGGAAACCCUGUGCCUCAGAUUAACUGGAGAAGAACUGACGGGCUGCCAUUUCCAAGUAAAAUAAAGCUGAGGAAAUCCAAUGGCAUGAUUGAAAUCCCUAAUUUCCAGCAGGAGGAUGCAGGGCUCUAUGAAUGCAUUACCGAAAACUCCAGAGGCAAAAACAUUGCAAGAGGACGUCUCACUUACUAUG